CUCCCGCCCAGCAUGCACAUCGUUUGGAAGAAGGACAAGUCCUUGGGAGUUAUUACUGUAGUGAAAGCAUCAUGGAAGAGUCAAAGAAGAAGACAUCUUCUCGAACCAUAGAAGAAUCAGAUGAAGGAUCCAAUUCGAAGAAGGCUCGUAUAGAUCCCCAGAACAAGGAACUGAAUCAACUGCCACUGGAAUUGCAGUUUGCCAUUCCAUUCCUUCCCUGUGGUUCACUGGCUGCCAUUGCCGCUCUCAGCAAGGCUGGUAGAAAGGCCGCUCUGGAAUCCUACACCCUACGAUUGCACACUCCCUUUCCAGUAGCAAAACUCCAAUUGACCACUGAUUCCCCACCAACAGUUUUUUCCUCGGAAACAUCCAGCAAUGUUGCUCCGCCAUACUACCAGAAAAUGAAUCCCUGGCUACACCAUUCAGGUGCCGAAGAAACAAAGGGAUGGGGAAACUACGGUCGGAAUCAUAAGUUCAGACCAUAUCUGUUGGACGAACAGAUUCAUCAAUCGAAUGACAGUGCUACUGCGACCUGGGAUUUGGAAUGGCUGGCCGAUGGCCUACAGAAACAAAGCGCCACCUUGCAUUGGCCUACAGAAUUGCAACAAAUUUCAAAGAACAAUAUACGCAUUGCGCACCGCAGUCUCCUGCCUGGCACCACCGGUAAAUUGUCUUUGUUGAUCGUUGCAAUGGUCAAGUCUUUUGUCGGCGACAACAACAAUGACGGCAUCAACCACGGUUAUGACUCGGAAGAUGCAUUCACCCGAAAAGAACUGUGGGGGAUUCUCUACAAUGACAUCCUCAUCCAAGCGGAGGAUCAGUCUUCAAUCCCGGAGUUCCAUCCGUCCAUUGCCACACGAAUACUAGAGCCACUGCAUGGCGAAUGGUUGGGUAUCUAUGAUUAUGUUGAGUUUGGUAGCACAUGCCGCUCUGGGAAUGGAAAAGUGUUUGCUACAGUGACGCAUCUUCCCAAUAUUGAGUUUGACAAUGAAGACGAACAAGCUUGUGUCACGGUCUAUGAUAUCACCCCAUCGUCGGACAUUGUUCCACGCCACAAGAUUACGGUGGAGACUUGGAAUUCAAUCUCUGACUAUAGUGGCCUCACACUGAGUUUGAGCACUGGUGGAGAAAUCCUCACCGUGCGAAACAAUGAAAAAUACGACGAAGAAGGAGCUCUGCUAGUGUAUGAUAUUCGGGCUGACCAGCACAACGAUCCUCCCAAGAAAAUCUUUGAGAUAGAAGGUGGUUGUGGACGCCGCGGACAUGCCUUCUUCACUCCAGACAAUGAUUUCUUCUUGGGGCCAUGGAGUUCUUCCGAGUUUUGGAUGAAAAAACUGUUUGAACGCAAGGAUUUGAACAGCUUUUCGCGACAAAUGAUUGUUUUGACGGAGGAGUAA